CACUGAAGCUGCACCUGCUGCCCUCAGGGCAUCCGAGAUCUGAAGUGUGAGACACUGCAGCAGACUGAGGUAAUGGCGAUCUGGGGGACUCUGGGGGACUCUGGGGGACUCGGAGAGUCUGUGACGGAUUCCGGAGAGUGAAACUGUGAAAGCCGUUGCGGAAAGUCUCCAGUGCGCUCUUGCGCGCUCUCGCUCUCUCUCUCUCUCUCUCUCCGUGGGUGACUCGGGGGCGGAGGCGGAGGGAAAUCCGUUGCUCGUUUCCUCCUUUUCCAGUCUCUGUACAGAUAUAAGUCAUGUCUUUAAGCCUCGGAGAACCCAAACGAGCGCGACACGUCUCCAGACGCACCGCUUUAUUCUAAAGGAUUAAUUCCGAGCGCGCUUUGGGUUGAUACCAACUUUUGGGACUAAAACACCAUCAGCUCUUACUGCUUCUGAUUACUCUCAUCUUCUUCUGACAAUGUCCUCAGCAGACGUGGAGAGCCUCCAGCCCGCCCCCCGGCAGCGCAGCAAGUGUCUGGACGCGUUCCUACUCGGGUCCGUUCUGACCCUGUUCAUCAUGGUGCUGUCCGGAACCGCGCUCGGGUUCUGGGCCAUUAAAGGCCUGCGUGAGAACAUCAAGCUCCAGCCAGACCUGGAGCCCCCUCCACCUGCUUCACUCGAGAGACUUUUCAGAUCACCAAACAAGAUGCAGAGUUUUGCCUACCUUACCGCUGACACCAGUGAAGUGAAAAAUGGCAUCAUGCACUGGAAGCCAGUCAGAUAUGGAAAAACCAACAGCACCAUCGGCUCACACUACAGAUUUAACGCCAACCACCAGACACUGACGAUGCUUAAGGAUGGUACCUACUUCCUGUACAUCGAGCUGAACGUGACAUGCCCUGGUGUGAGCUGCAGCAACGGAUCCCUCAGCGUCACCUUCGAGGAUAAUACACAGCAUGAGCCCCUGUCCUGCACACUUCAUCUUAAGACUAAUGAGCCUUCAGCAAAAAAGUGUUGGACCGUGAUCCCUCAUAUUCAAAGCGAAAACCGACUGAUGGCCAGGAUGCAUGCCAGAGUGUCACCUGGAUGGAAGCUCGAACUGAACCGCUCCGGAUUUGGCAUUUUCCUGGUGGACGGGCUCUGGACAGAGUAGAAGAUGGGACAGAGAUAUGAAGUGUAGUUCGAGCAUGACAUAUGCAACUGUAUGCUAUCGCAGGGUGCUGACUCACUCUUAUGCUUGAAGAGAGUUCCUCAAGGUCAAGAGUCCUCAUUUUUGCACUUUUAACAUCAAUUCUCUGAUGGAAAACGUACUUCUGUAUCACGAUAGCAUCUUAUUAGCACGAUAAACAGAAUCAUGGGACUUCCUUCAAACUCAUGCGAUGAUGGACAACACAAAGCUGUAAAAGUAUUGGCGAUUUGAAGAUUCCAUGAUAACAGUAUUAUGCAUCCUGGAUCAUGUACAAUCAACACUGCUUACUCAGGAAGAACUUUUAAUAAGCACUAUUUAUAUUUUUAUACUACUGUAAUCUAUUUAUAUACUGUUUGUAUAUAUGUAUUUUUAUUGUUCAGAUAUUUAUGUUAUUUGUUGUAAAACUGUUGUUCUGUAAGACAGUGGGUAAUUUUUACUGUUACACAGUAGCUGAAAAGUAGACGUCACUACAGACUACAGCCGCAAAGGUGGCUAAGGGUAGGCAUGAAGUGCAAAUCACAACUCACGCGGUGGCUUGAAAUCGGAGCCGAGGCGUCCUGUAAAGUGUCUUCAUCACAAUGUGGCGAAAAGUAAUGCCUCCCUGACAGAGGCAGUGAUGUGGUUGUUAACUAUUAUUCAGGAUAUCAAGCUAAUAAAAUGAACUUUACUGUA